CCGCCGCCGGGCCGCGGAGCCACGCGGAGGACCGGCUCUUCCAGCGCCUUUUCUCGGGAUACAACCGCUGGUCCCGGCCCGUUCCCAACACUUCCGACGUCGUCAUCGUGCGCUUCGGCCUCUCCAUUGCCCAGCUCAUCGACGUGGAUGAGAAGAACCAGAUGAUGACCACCAACGUCUGGCUGAAGCAGGAAUGGAGUGACUACAAGCUGCGCUGGGAUCCGGCCGAGUACGACAACGUCACCUCCAUCCGGGUGCCCUCCGAGAUGAUCUGGAUCCCGGACCUCGUCCUCUACAACAAUGCUGACGGCGAGUUCGCCGUGACCCACAUGACCAAGGCCCACCUCUUCUGGGACGGCACGGUCAAGUGGGUGCCGCCGGCCAUCUACAAGAGCUCCUGCAGCAUCGACGUCACCUUCUUCCCCUUCGACCAGCAGAACUGCAAGAUGAAGUUCGGCUCCUGGACCUACGACAAGGCCAAGAUCGACCUGGAGAACAUGGACCACCACGUGGACCUCAAGGACUACUGGGAGAGCGGCGAGUGGGCCAUCAUCAACGCCGUGGGCACCUACAACUCCAAGAAGUACGACUGCUGCACGGAGAUCUACCCCGACAUCACCUUCUACUUCGUCAUCCGGCGCCUGCCGCUCUUCUACACCAUCAACCUCAUCAUCCCGUGCCUCCUCAUCUCCUGCCUCACCGUCCUGGUCUUCUACCUGCCCUCGGACUGCGGCGAGAAGAUCACGCUCUGCAUCUCCGUGCUGCUCUCCCUCACCGUCUUCCUGCUGCUCAUCACCGAGAUCAUCCCGUCCACCUCGCUGGUCAUCCCGCUGAUCGGCGAGUACCUGCUCUUCACCAUGAUCUUCGUCACGCUCUCCAUCAUCAUCACCGUCUUCGUGCUCAACGUGCACCACCGCUCGCCCAGCACGCACGCCAUGCCGCGCUGGGUCCGCAGCCUGUUCCUGGGCUUCAUCCCGCGCUGGCUCUCCAUGAAGAGGCCGCCGGCGCCGCCGGCGCCGCCGCGGGAGGGGACGGCAGGGCAGUACGACCACGCCGGGGCGCGGCUCAGCGCGUCGCGCUGCUGGCUGGAGACCGACGUGGAUGACAAGUGGGAGGAGGAGGAGGAGGAGGAGGAAGAGGAGGAGGAGGAGAAGAGCUAUCCCAGCCGCCCCGAGGAAUCCAAGGAAACGCAAUUCCGCUACGGCCCAGGCGGGAAAGAAAGCGGGGGUUCGGGAUCACGCGGAUCGUCCAAGGGGAAGGAGGAGGAGGAGGAGGCGGAGGAGGAGAAGGAGGAGGAGGAAGGCUCGGAGCAGGGCUUGGCGCUGUCUCCCAGGAUGCUGAAGGCCCUGGAGGGGGUGCAGUACAUCGCGGAUCACCUGCGGGCCGAGGACGCCGACUUCUCCGUGAAGGAGGACUGGAAGUACGUGGCCAUGGUGAUCGACCGGAUCUUCCUGUGGAUGUUCAUCAUCGUCUGCCUGCUGGGCACCGCGGGGCUCUUCCUGCCGCCCUACCUGGCCGGGAUGAUCUAG